GCGCGUGCGCAGUAACCGCCACGGAGGACCUGGGCCGGCUGCGGGAGGAGCCUCGGUCCGGCCCAGCAGCCGAUUCCCCCCUCGCGCCGCCUGCCGGGUUGACGUGGCCGCGGCCCGGCGCGGAUAUGGCGGACGACAGCAGGCAGAGCAAGCUGGCGGCGGCCAAGAAGAAGCUGAAAGAAUAUCAGCAGAGAAACAGUCCAGUGUCCACAGCGGGCGCCAAAAAGAAACGGAGGAGUAAAGAAGCAGGCCGCCCAGAGACGCCUGUUAGUGAUGGAGUUCAAUCUCCUGAAAAUAUUGAGAACCUUCUGAAGGUGCUGGUGUCCGACUUUAACUGCUCCAAUGGGGUAGCCAUACCUUCAUUGGACAAGUGGAAGGCCCACAAUGAUGGCGACAUAGCGGCUGGCGUCUCCUUGCUGUCUAACAGCAAAGAUGUGUCUGCCUGUGUUGCUCCAAACCUUGGGCAGCUGUCACAGAUCGGUGACACUGAUCAUAAUACUGUAUUGGAUGAAAAUAGGUCCCUCUCAACGACGGAGAGCCUCCGCCAGCUCUCUGAACAGUUGAACGGCAUGGUUAGCCAGAGCACGACUUACAUCAACGGAGAAAACAUCAUGCCCUCUGCGGAUAUGAAAGAGAUGGUGACCCGUUACCAGGAGCUGGCAGUAGCUUUUGAUUCCAGCAAUUUAACAAACAAACAACUCAGUGCAGAGAUAGAGGAAUUGAAACAACAGAACCAAGAGGCUGUGAAUGAGUUGGACAAGGAGAAGAGGGGUUUCGAGCAGAGGUUCGCGAAGGAGCAAGCCACCCUGCGAGAACAAUUACAGGUCCACAUUCAGACCAUUGGCAUCCUGGUGUCGGAGAAGUCCGAAUUACAGACGGCCCUCAGCCACACACAGCAAGCUGCCCGACAGAAAGCAGGGGAAGCUGAGGACCUGGCCGCCCGGCUGCAGUCAUCCCGCCAAAGGCUCUCGGAAGUGGAAUACACCCUCUCCUCCCUCUCUGUUCAGCAGAAGCAGACAGAGAAACACAACAAAGAGCUAGCGAAGGAAAGAGAUAACCUCAAACUGGAAAUGUAUAAGCAGAGUAAAACCAACGAAGAACUCAAGCAGCAGACUUCGGAGUUGUCGGAGAAACUGCGCAACCUGAUCUCUGAAAACUCAGCCAUGAAACUGGAUGUGGAAGAUUUGCACAAGAAACUGGAAAUGGCAGAACUGGUGAUUCAGCAGUUUUCAAGCCAACCAGGGAUCUCAGAUACUACUGCACAGCAGCUGCAAGCUGCACUGGAGGAAAGAGCCAACUUAGAAAGCCAAAUUGCCCAGCUGUCAGAAUCUUUGCAGAAACUGCAGGCUGAACGGGAGCAAUACGUCCUGCGGCUGAAGGAGGAAGGGAACAUCUGGCAGCAACGAGUCGAGCUCCUCUCGGAACAGGUCCGAACUCUGAUGGGAGAGAAAGAACUCAGCGAGACUCGCAUCGGGGAGCUGGAGACCAACCUGUCGGAGCUACUCAGCAGCCAGUCAGCGGUGAAGGCCCAGGAGUCGGUCCCUGCUGCCCCGGGGCCCUCGCCCACGGAAGUGCAUCUUCAAGAGGAGCUGGCUCGUGUGGAGAAGGAGAAGGAGGAGCUGCUGGGCCGAUGGCAGAUCCAGGUGCGAGACAAUGGGCAGCUGAGCCAGCUAAACCAAGAGCAGGAGGAGCGGCUCCAAGAGCUGGAGAAGGCCCUGCAGCGCUACAGCGAGGAGGAUGUGGACAAGCAGCAGAUCUUGGAGAAUAUGCAGAGCGACAAAGCGACCAUCAGCCGGGCCUUGACCCAGAACCGGGAGCUGAAGGAGCAGCUGGCGGAGCUGCAGAACGGAUUUGUCAAACUGACCAACGAGAACAUGGAGAUCACAAGUGCCUUGCAGUCCGAACAGCACGUGAAGAAGCAGCUGGCCAAGAAAUUGGGAGAACUUCAAGAGAAGCUGGUGGACUUCAAGGAGAAGGUGUCUCUGAAGACCCACGAAGCUCAGGACUUCCAGGACCAGAGGGAUCAGUAUUUGGCCCACCUCCAGCAAUACAUCGCUGCCUACCAGCAGCUGACAGUCGAGAAGGAGGAGCUGCACAAAAAGUACCUCCUGCAGACCCAGCUCAUGGACCGCCUGCAGCACGAGGAGGUCCAGGGCAAGGUGAAUGCCGAGAUGCACUUCAAAGAGCUUCAGAAAGCGAAGAAAACCCUGGAAUCCUUUUCUAAGGAGAACAAGGAGCUCCAGGCCCAGGUCACCCAACUCAUGGCUGAAUUGGACGAGAGGAUGCUUCCCAGGGCCCAAGGGGAUGGAGUGGAAGCGGCCAAGUUUGUGGACUCGAGGACUUCUCAGCUCAGCAUCCCCGAGGACUUUGAGAGCAAAGAAGAAAUGGUGGCUUUCUUGACCUCUGCCGUGUCCCAAGCGGAGGGCGAGCGCGAAGAGCUCGGACGCCAGUUGACGGAAAAGAAAAGGCAGUGCCGGGAGCUGUUGCAGCAGAUCGCCAGCCUCAAGAAAGAGCAGCAGCUGCAGCUCACGUCCACCGGAGGCUCCGAUGCCGAUUCAGUUCCAGGAGAGGUUCAUGAAGCCUUGAAAAGUGCCAUGGAGAAGCUGCAGCUCCGAUUCACGGACCUGAUGCGUGAGAAGGCGGCGCUGAAAGAGCGCGUGGAGGAACUGGAGCACCACUGUAUCCAGCUGUCCGGGGAAACAGACACCAUAGGCGAAUACAUUGCCCUGUACCAGAGUCAACGAGCGAUUCUCAAACAGCGCCACCGGGAGAAAGAGGAGUACAUCAACCGGCUGGCUCAAGACAAGGAGGACAUGAAGAUUCUUUUUUGUUUGCAGAUGAAGUUACUGGAGCUGCACGAACUGGUGAUGCGCCUGGUGGGCGAGCGCAACGAUUGGUACACCAAGUACGUCAUGGCCACGCAGACUGGGGAGCCACAGCCCGGGCACGAGAGGGAGGCCGGCGUUCAGGCGGACGGCCCCUUCGAACCGAACACUUCCAAGGUGGCAGACCUGCGAGAAGUGAGCCUGACGGACGGACCCGAACCGGACGCCGUCGUUUCACAAUCCCACCCGCUCCACAGCGACCCCCAGGGCCCCCUGCCCGCUCCUCGGGACCCCACUGCCCAGCAGAUCCUGCGGCUCCUUCGUGAAAUACAAAACCCGCAGAAUCGGGUGGGGCCCCUCUCGGAAACGCCGUGCAUCCCGUUUUUCUAUCGGGUGGACGAAAACGACGAAGUGAAGCUUCUGGUGGUUUAAACUGGAAGGGGACGCUUGAGAGCUCCUGCGGGGGGCCAGGUGGGUGGUGGUGGUCGGGCUGGCUCGAGGGCACGCGCUGGGGGGGGGGCAAGCUUUUGUGCGCUGGCUGCGAAUCACACCGUCGUCCAAUGAAGCUCAGAAUUUUACGCCACCCGACCGCCUGUUGCUUCCUCCCAUUCAGGUCUUGUGGAUUUAAUUCUCUCUACUAAACCCUCCUUUGGUUAUUUCAGCUUUCGUUAGGUCAGGUUUUAUGCCCUUCUUCCAAAAUCUUCCUUCCCUCUUUUAACUUGCAUGGCCCCCAAUCCCACAAAUCCCACCCCCUCCAUCCUUUCCCUUCAAAGAGUUAGCCAGCUGCCUUUCUAGCAAAACGCUGCCUCUUUCCUCCGCCGCCUCCCCCCCCCCCAAAUCCUUUUGUUCCGUUACAACGUUUGGAAGGGCAAACGGUUUUCCAGGGAAGGGGAUAAAAAGCUGCAAUGUAAUUUUUUUAGAAAAACUGGACGUACGUUUGCAUUGAAGAGACGGAAAGGUUUUACUUAUUCUUCGGAGAUGCGGAAGGGGAGGUCAGAAAAAGGAACCAGGCUUGUUGGGUUGGGGGGCGGGACGAGAGUCGAUUCCAUCUCUCGCACGCGGAAUCUCUCUCUCCCGGGGUCAAGCCAAACUUAUUUCAACCGUCUUAAGAUUAUUUUGCAAUGCAUUUUGAUGGUUGACGGUUUCUCUCCUUUCUGCCUCUGAGCCCCUCCCACACGGGGAGAUUGACGGAAGAAUUCCCUUGAUUGUGAGAGUGUGAAGCAGUGUACCGGUUGGUUUGAAGUUGGUGGUGACUUGGUGUGUUAACAAAAAAAGGGGGAGAUUAGGAGGUGGUCCAGCUUUCUUAGUUUUUAAUUCCCUGGAAUAGAGAGACCGGCGAAGUUGCGUUUUUGCACAAGUUUUCCUCCUGGGACAGCUUGCUAGCAAAGCACGGAGGGAAGUUCGAAAAGCAAAAGAAGCUUCCGCUACAAUUUUCUAGCAAAAACCGCACGUCGACUACCCCACCUUCUUUCCAAGUUGUAAGGCAGAAGGAACUGGAUCGCAGGAAAACGACAACGCCCACAAAACGGGGACAGUCGCAACAUCAGUGUUACUCGUUCCCUCGUUGCGUUAGGUCAGGAGGCCGGCGAAAAUGGGCUCGCGGGCUGCUUGUUGGCACAAGUGUACAUAUUGUAUCUGUAAUAUUUUGUACAUAACCUUGAAUAAUAGUAAUAAUAAUAAAAAGAGAGAGAAUAAAGCCCACAGACAGCCUUUUCCUGGCUGGCGGAAGGCUACCCUUGUCACCUUGUAUGAUAUUUGAAGAAGAAAAAUAAAUGAAAAUAACUUUAGUGGAGGCGGGAGGGGCAAAACAGGACAGGAAUGUGAUUUACUGUAGAAUAUUAUUCCAUAUUUAUUAGGUGUGGGGUUUCCAGGGGAAACGCGUGAAGCAAAGCAAAGGAACUCUUGCAAUCUGUUGCCAAGACAAAUUUAUAUCCUGUUAUAAAAGAUUUGGUCUUUCUGAAUAAAUCUGUUUCACUUCA